AUGUUGCGCUGCAAGCCCUCCAAUGCCAGCGAGAAGGAACCCACGCAGAAGAAGAAGCUCCCCAAUGUAGCAGGCCCGUUUCCUCUGCAGUUGGGGCUGCUCCCAUGUGCACCCCAGCCAAACUUCUCGCAACUUCCUGCCUCCUCUCCCCUGCAGGGAGACACUUUGGAGGAGGGCUCAGCCUCCCCGACAUCUCCAGACUGCAGCCUGGAUAGCCCGGGCCCCGAGAAGAUGGCACUGGCCUUUUCCAAGCAGGAGGAGCCUGAGCUCCGGUCACUCAGCCAUCAGGCAUCCACAGGCAGUGAGCUCUGCAGCCCCAGUCCAGGCUCUGGCAGCUUUGGGGAGGAACCACCUGCCCCCCAGUACACAGGGCCCUUCUGUGGCCAGGCACGAGUCCACACUGAUUUCACCCCCAGCCCUCAUGACCACGACUCACUGAAACUACAGAAAGUAGAUGUGAUCCAGAUCAUUGAAAAGCCACCUGUAGGUACAUGGCUGGGCCUGCUCAAGGGCAGGCUGGGCUCUUUCAAAUUCAUCUAUGUGGAUGUGCUGCCCGAGGAGGCUGUGGGGCCUGCCUGCCCAAGCCGCCGACAGAGCAAGGGCAAGAGGCCCAAGCCAAAGACUUUGCAUGAGCUGCUGGAGCGCAUUGGCCUGGAGGAGCACACAUCCACCCUGCUGCUCAAUGACUACCAGACACUGGAGGACUUCAAAGAGCUGCGGGAAACACACCUCAAUGAGCUGAACAUGGACCCACAGCACCGGGCCAAGCUGCUCAUGGCGGCCGAGCUGCUGCUGGACUACGACACUGGCAGUGAGGAGGCAGAACAGGGUGCUGAGAGCAGCCAGGAGCCAGUGAUGCAUACAGUGUCAGAACCCAAGGUGGACAUCCCAUGCAACUCAGGCUGCUUCGAGGGCUCAGAGAGUGGGCAUGAUGAGGCAGAGCUGGCAAGCACCGAGGAGCAGCUGCAGGGCCUUUCCCUGGCUGGGGCACCUUGAGGCGAAGGUGGCAGUGCAGGCAGAGGCUGGGCCCGAGCUGCAAGCACCAAGGAGAUGUGGUGCUUCCCAAGGGGUGCUAGGGCCACAGAAGCCCAGCUGGCCCCAACAGGAUCACUUGGAGUGGAUGAGCAGCCACCUUGAGGGCACAUCCCACCUGCCUGGACCCCUCUCUCCACCAGCUACUGACAGCACAGCCCCUCCAGGCACUGCCCAACCCCUGGAAAGCAGGGUAUCAAGGGGCCACCCAGCUCAUGGCCCUCCCCCUGAAGGCCCCCCAGAUCCUCUUGGCCCCCACACCACCCUCCCCUGUUGCACUGCACCUGAAAAGGGGGCUAAGUCAGUGCUUCAGGUCAGUCUCAAAACCUUAGGGAAGCGGUCUGUUUAAAAGCACCCUAAUUUAGCAUGGGUAAAUCAGAUCUCCCUAAAUAAGGUUUGAAGACAGCCACAAGUACUUUACUCACUUUCUUUCUCCUUAACUUUCUUCGAAGUUUUGUCACUAAAUCACUAUGUGGCCUGAGCCAAAUGCUGUCCCAUCUCUGGGUUUAGGACUGAUGGGCCUUGCCAGCUCUGACAUUCUGUAACGUUAAAGAUCUGCUCUCCUGUUCCCUGUAACUCAGGACACCAGUGGGUUUUAUUGAGGGGCUGGAGGAGCCUCUGGUGCCCAAAUGAAAUGGUUCUUCCUGCUCAUUCAUCCCCUACCUCCCCAUGUAACUGAGGCCAAGCUGCAACUUCUCCCAGCUUGAAACGAUGCUCAUACCUCAUACUGUGUCUCCCCUCCCCUUCCACUCUUGACUCCCUCAAACAAGACUCCCCCAAGGCUGAUAGCAGAUGGUCAGAUCUGGCUUCCAAGACAGAGAUGCCCUCUGCUCCUCAGGACCACAUGGAAGCCAAAUGUAGGUCUCAGCCCAGACUUGGACACUUGUGUGGGUCCUUACAAGCAAAUAAAUCACCAAGCUUGACAUUGGAGAGCCCACUACUCCAAUUCUGUUUUACUAAAGGUGUUGGUGUACCUUGAGUUCCAAAAGGGGAGGGAGAGUAUCUGUUGGUGGGGGCCUCCCUUGACCCCAAUACCAAGUCUGUGCCCUGAAUCCCCAAAAUAGCCCUUUUCUGGUGCCCAACCUGCCUGGGGACAAACAGUGCCCACUACAUCUAGGGCUGCCUGCUUGGUGGACAUGCUUCUCAACCUAUUACCAGGAACUUUGGUCAAAGCUCGCUUUGGGAGAGGGAUUGGUUGUAAAUAUGAGGGGAUGGAGGGAGAUAGGUUAGUAGUAAUAAAGUACACAAGUAGAACUAAA